AUGCUCUCUCUCUCUCUCUCUCUCUCUCUCUCUCUCUCAUGGCUAUAAAACUCACUUCAUAAGCUGAGAAAGAGAGUUAUAGAGAGAAAAGGGAGGAAUUUUGUGAUGGCUUCCUGGGGUAAAAUGCGUAUCUCAUUACGUUUGAAGUUCUGCUACCAUUAUCUGCGUCAAAAACUUGAUUUUGCAGCUUUGCUCACUUUGCAGAAACAAGAAGCAAGUCAUCAAAGUCAUGUUUUGACUGGAGAAUUUUGCAACACUUUCUUGAAGUAUGCACUCACAGAUAAAAUGACUUGUAUCCAUCAGAGCAAGGGUUCAGAGAUGGAGCCCACUAUUUCUGCUCGAGAUAAGCUCUUGGUUCGGAAACUCCCUUACUUGAAUGCAAAGUUAACACUAACUCCGCAGCAGAUUCGUGUGGGUGAUGUAGUUCUUUUGAAGGAUCCUUUGGGUUCCAAUAACUAUGUGGUGAGAAGAUUGGCUGCUGUUAGUGGGUAUGAAAUGGCUUCUAAUAACAAGAAAGAUAAGCCUUUUGUUUUAGAAGACGGUCAGUGCUGGGUCCUUUCUGACAACAAAAAUCUGAAGCCAGGGGAAAACAAUGAUAGUCGUACAUAUGGGCCAAUCUCCAUAACCGACAUUGUGGGUAGGGUCAUCUACAGGUAUCAAGCACGGGGUAAUCAUGGGUUUGUAAGGAAUAGUGAGAUCAGCACGCGGAGUGACUUGUCAGUUAUCUUCAUAGAACUAGAUUUUUCUGAGGUGAUACGCCAUAGAGAUGAUGGAAGUUCGACUUCUCAAACAUGAGCGAAACUGCAAAAUACAGGAUCUCAGCUGGCAGAGUUCCCCUGACUUUGGAUAGAUAGGGAUUUUACUAUACGGAGGCAGUUUAAUGGCUAACUGAAGUUUAAAACGGCUCAAACAAAGAGCUUUAAUCUAUUAUCUAGUAGACCUUGUAAUGUGUAGUACAAUCUUAGCAAAUGUUAUCAUUAAGCAUUACGUGCGUUUACGGAUUACUAGACGCACGGGCUACGAUCGUGUACGAUCAUAUCAUUGCCAACGAUCGUUAAGCAUUGUUAUCGUCUGUUCUUUAGGUGAAUGCUGUUGAUCCCUUCAGAGAAAUGGUGUAUAUAUGCUUUUGAAGAAUUCUUCUUCAAUAUGACUUUCAAAGAAAUGAUCAGAUCAUCCGCUAUUUGUCCCUAUUGAUCAUUCUUGUUUAUUCGAGACUUUGUAUGCU